AUGGCCUUGAAUGAUGUUGAUGUGCCGAAGCAGGUUAAGCACAUGAUGGCUUUCAUUGAGCAGGAAGCCAAUGAGAAGGCAGAAGAAAUAGAUGCCAAAGCUGAGGAAGAGUUCAACAUUGAGAAAGGAUGCCUUGUGAAAAUGCAACAACUAAAGAUUAUGGAAUAUUAUGAGAAGAAGGAGAAACAAAUAGAGCAGCAGAAGGAAAUUCAUAUGUCUACCAUGAGGAAUCAGGCAAGGCUGAAAGUUCUGAGAGCCCGAGAUGACCUCAUCUCAGAGUUACUGAACGAUCUAAAACUGAGACUCAGCAGGACUGUGGUGGACCCAACAGUCUACUGGGGGCUGCUGGAUAAACUCGUGCUCCAAGGUCUGCUCUGAUUGCUGGAGCCCAUGGCGAUUGUAUGCUGCAGGCCACAGGACCUCCUCCUGGUAGAGGCUGCAGUGCAAAAAGCCAUCCCUGAAUAUGUAACAGUCUCCCAAAAAUGUGUGGAAGUUCAAGUUGAUCAAGAGGUGCACCUGGCUACAAACGCAGCUGGAGGUGUGGAGGUCUACAGUGGUGAUCAGAGAAUAAAGGUUUCUAAUACCUUAGAAAGUCGACUGGAUCUCUUAGCGCAGCAAAAGAUGCCAGAAAUAUGAAAAGCCUUGUUUGGAGCCAAUGCCAACAGAAAGUUUUUUAUAUAA